AUGUUUCUUCAGGUAGUGGCCGUGGGGUUGCUAGUGUCUUUUCUGUUCUCGAUCGUGUGUUUCCGCUGCAGUCGACGCUACCGCCUCCUGAGGAAGAUCCCCGGACCCAGAGGUCUGCCGGUCUUGGGGAACAUCGCGGAGGUUUUCACGAUCAGCCGCCGCUUGGUGGAGCGCGGAAGGGAGAUUCGGCAGUCACACGGACCCACAUUCGUCAUGUGGCUCGGACCUUGCCCCAUCGUGUUCGUGUGCGACCCCAGAGAUCUCGAAGUGGUGUUGAACAAGAGCGCCACCCUCUCCAAACCUCGGCCCUACAAGAGCUUGGAGCUGCUCCUCGGCUACAGCCUGAUAACCGCCAACAGGAGCGACUGGAAGAGGUACCACAGGAUCAUAACCCCGGCUUUCGGACUCCCGACUUUGAAGAGCUUCAUCCCGGCCUUCAGCAGGAAGAGCAAGGUCCUGGUGGAAGCGCUGCGGGCCCACGGAGACGGUCAGCCAUUCGACAUGAUGGGGUUCAUGAUGAUGUGCACCCUCGACAUCGUGACGGAGACAAGCCUGGGCACGGACAUGAAUGUGCUGGAGGACAAGAGAGUCGACCUGGUGGAAGGCCUGAGGGUCGCAGAAGACGUGAUUUACCACGCAGCGAUCCAACCGUGGUGCUGGAUACCUGCCCUGAUGAAAAUGACAAAAUCUUACAAAGCAAUGGCAGAUGGCGUCAAAGUCCUUUGGAAUUACACUAACCAGAUCAUUGCCCACAAGCUAGAAAACUGUGAUAAUGCAAACGACCAUCUUAUGUUUGAACCAUCUCGGGGAGACGUCGUCGAACCUGCUGAUGAGGAAAAAAAACGUCCGGGAUUCUUGGAACACGUGAUCUCCUGCAUGAAGGCCGAGAAGAUUUCGCUUAAGAAAGUCGAACUAAGAGAUAACACCAUGACAGUUAUUGUGGGCGGAAUGGGCACCGGAAGCAUAGCAAUGUCGAUCGCCCUGAUGCUGAUGGGUUUGCAUCAGGACGUGCAAUCCAAGGUCGUGGACGAGCUGGAAAAGAUAUUUGAAGGAGACACCGAAAGAGAUGUCACGUACGAAGAUCUCACCCGCAUGGUCUACCUCGAGCAAGUGAUCAAAGAGACCUUGAGACUGUACCCACCCUUGCCCGUCGUCGGCAGAGUGGUCGAAGAGGAGGUGCGCAUCACAGGGUACACUCUGCCGGUGGGCACUAUUGUCGGCAUUCCUAUCCUCUUCACGCAUCGAGACCCGGGAAUUUUCCCUGACCCCGAGAAGUUUGAUCCCGACCGCUUCAGUCCGGAGAACAGUGCCCGACGACACCCGUACAGCUUCGUGCCUUUCCUGGGCGGUCGUCGUAUGUGCAUCGGCAAGAAGUACGCCUACAUGCAGAUGAAGACGAUCCUCUCCACCGUCCUCCGUAGCUACCGGGUUCUUCCGUGUGCCCGCCGAGAAGAAAUGGAGAAACUGCAGUUCAAAAUGACUCUUCACUUGGUCAAUGGCUACGAUGUGAAACUUGUUCCCAGAAAACAAUAG